AUGUCUGCCGAAGAUCAAGUCAAGCUGAGCAAUUUCUCCGACAUCUUCUCUCUCGAGGGGAAAGUCGCCGUCGUAACAGGCGGAUCCAGAGGCCUAGGACUACACGCAGCAUCAGGUUUGCUCCAAGCCGGCUGCUCAAAAGUCUAUAUCACCUCUCGCAAGAAGGAAGCCUGCGAUGAAGCCGUCGCAGCCCUGAACGCAUUGCCAAACAAGCGACCAGGCGCAAAGGCCAUCUCCGUCCCAGCCGACAGCGCAAAGAUGGAGGAAUUGGACCGCCUAGUCGCAGAGGUGAGCAAAACAACCGACCACGUCGACAUCCUGUUCGCCAACGCCGGUGCAACAUGGGGUGAGAAGUUCGACACACACCCGGAGAAGAUGUUCUCCAAGGUAAUGGAUUUGAACGUGAAGAGUGUUUUCUAUACGAUUCAGAAAUUCACACCUCUCCUCACCAAAACCGCUACCCUACUCAACCCCUCACGGGUAAUUAUAACCGCCUCGGUAGCCGGAAUUGGAAUUGGCACCGUCGGCGAGAAUGCUACGCCUUCCUACUCAGCGUCGAAAGCAGCCGCAAUCCACAUUGCCAAGAACCUAGCCGUCGAACUGGGUCCGAGACAUGUUUUGACAAACGCUAUCGCACCGGGCUUUUAUCCCUCCAAGAUGGCCAGUGGACUGAUCGAGGCGAAGGGCGGGAUGAAGGAGAUGGAGGAGUACUCGCCUAAUGGGAGACUUGGCAAGCCGGAAGAUAUUGCGGGACUUGUUGUUUUCUUGGCGUCUAGGGCUUCGAGUCAUUUGAAUGGCGCUGUUAUCGCUACGGAUGGUGGAGCCGUUCUUAAAGGUAGACUUUAG